CACGGAACUCGAUCCUCAUAGCAGCAGCGAUCGCAAUUCGUCGCUCGUGUCGGCUGUACAUCAUCAGCCCACGGUGAGCUGCAGGUGGUGAUUUACACUCGGCACCGCAUGCUGUGAAUUUGUGAGCUUUAUCAACGGCGCCGCAUAGAGGAUGGGCUAUGUACGAGGCGAACGUUCAAGUCGUGAGUGCUCAUAUAGAGACAAAUCAAGCGUGCACCGCGUAGCGGGCUUGAGGGUACAGGUCACCUCGAUCAGCGUGCACCGACGUGUUUUGGAAAGGUGCCGCGGAUGACCAAUUUGACCACUGAAUCAUCACACUUUCCAGGGCGGAGGCUACGCUAAUGCCAGCACCACCGACACCAGACCGCGUUCUCCAUCUGUGACACGCGGUGCCAAGGUUGCAAUGUCGGCGCGACGCCCAACUCAGCGCGACCUCACGACCAUAUAGAUGUCAGCAGCGUGGUGCCUUGCAUUGCUUUCUGGGCACUUCACCUACGCUAUCUCAUAGAGCGCGGCCCACUGUGGCCCUCGGUUGUGAUGGACGACCUGCUCUUGCUUACCGCUCUGCCCUGCCGUUCGUUCCCAGCUGAUAUUACUCACGUACAGCGCUGAUGCUAUUCGAGCCACAUCCGAGACCUGAUGUUUGCUCUCACGCCCUCACUCCCUUUGACCGAUGCCUGCCACAAGUCUGACCAUCCGCUUCCAAGCUGUCGCUUACGCACUUGCUCGCAGACUCUCCUACAGCAUACAACAUCAGUGUAGACUGAAUGCAGCGCACGCCACAGGUCCUCAAGCACUCCAUCUUACCUCUGCACCGGAAAGGACACGCAUCCUGCUAAGAGUGUCACUUACCGUGGUGGAAUGGUCUCGUCAGUCUCGAGCGGUGUCUCCUCGCCAUGGGACAAGCGAGUCAACAUACCUGCGAAAGUUCAAUCGUCGUCGCGGGGGUCGACGCAAGAUUUGCCACCGUCCUUUUUAUCGCGCUCACCAACGGUAGCUUCGCACAAACAACAGCGCACCGCUCACGGAGACAGCUCGACAUCUGGCAAGCGUACCUCACACACCGGUGGUCAGACUUUACCAUCCUUCUCGGGUGGCGAUGGAGGCGCAUCAGAAUCGAUUUCGAAUGCGAUCCUUGAUGGACGCCAUGGUAGUACGACAGUCUCUCUUCGCGCAAAUAUUCCUCAUAGCCCGACAGAGAAUUCCAACAUCUCGCCCACCUCAGCACGCAGCGGCAUUGGAG